GAUAGCCGAUUAGAGCCAAUUGCUUGCUUUGGAGACGGCCAGCCCUUCCAGGCCUGGAGACUGGGGAAGGAGGGGGAAGACAAACCGAGUGCCGCUGCGGGAAGACAUUAAAGCAAGAGCGACACCCCUCAACUCCCCACCUUGUAGCGCAGGCUUUGAAAGCUGCUCCCCCAUCUGAAUGGAAACUCGGAGCCGCCGGGCGGCGCGUUCCUUCUCCCCCGGCCUUGCAAUCCAUGCCGAGGAGAAGGCUGUGCGAGCCCGCGCCAGCGCCCUGCUCCUGGGACACGGCCCGCAAUGCUGCUGAGCAGAACUUGACCGAGCCCCUUCCUCGCUGCUAGUGGAAGCGAUGCUGUACGGCACAGUCAGCGCUUCCCCUGCUCUCCUUCAAGCUGAAGGUUACCCACCCGCGCAGCCAACCCCAACCCUGUGAGCGGCGCGUCCCGUGUCCCUGCUCCGGCUGCUUGGCCGCGGCGCGCAGGGCAAACACCGGCCGCCGGCGCCGGGGCGCACUGCACCAGCGGCUUCGGCUUAGUGGAUGUGUAUGCAUGAGUUCUGCACCGAAUGGGCGCAAAAAGCGCCCCAGCCGGUCCACUCGCUCCUCGAUUUUCCAGAUCAGCAAGCCCCCGCUGCAGAGCGGGGAUUGGGAGCGCAGGGGCAGCGGCUCCGAGAGCGCCCACAAAACCCAGCGAGCCCUGGACGACUGCAAGAUGCUUGUUCAAGAGUUCAACACACAAGUAGCCCUGUACCGAGAGCUGGUCAUUUCUAUCGGGGAUGUCUCAGUCAGCUGCCCCUCACUCCGGGCGGAAAUGCACAAGACGAGAACCAAAGGCUGUGAAAUGGCCCGUCAGGCACACCAAAAACUUGCAGCCAUCUCAGGCCCAGAAGACGGUGAGAUCCAUCCAGAAAUCUGUCGGCUGUACAUCCAGCUGCAGUGCUGCUUAGAAAUGUACACAACAGAGAUGCUGAAAUCCAUAUGUCUUCUGGGGUCUCUUCAGUUUCAUCGAAAAGGAAAAGAGCCUGAAGGGGAAACCAGGAGUUUGGACUGCAAAAUUGAGGAGUGUGCUGAAAUACCUGCCCUAGAGUACUCUUCAUCAUCCCCCACAGACACUCAGCAACAUUCCUGGCAGGUUUCCACAGACAUUGAGAACACCGAAAGAGACAUGCGAGAAAUGAAAAACCUUUUAAGCAAACUCAGGGAAACUAUGCCUUUACCAUUGAAAAAUCAAGAUGACAGCAGCCUUCUGAAUCUAACUCCCUACCCUCUGGUUAGAAGACGGAAGAGAAGGUUCUUUGGGCUGUGCUGUCUCGUCUCAAGCUAAGCGGUUCCUCCUGGAAACCCAGCAUUGGGAAGACCAGAAAAAUCGCAGAACCUGAGGACCUCCAGACAGCUGAACCACAUAGUUACUGGUUUUUGACUAUGUUUUCUAUGCUUCCCUGUUACUUUUAUCUGCCUCCCCCUGCCCUUUUCAAUGAUUUUACAUUUGAAAGCAGCUGCAGUCAAGAAAAAAAAGAACAGAUUCAAAAAGCAGGCUGUUUUUAAAAGGAUUUUUAAAGCUGACAGUGUGCUUGUCUGCUCUAAACCAUACCAUAACAGACGCAAGAAUUAUGAUUUUUAAAUUAUUUAAAGGUUUUUUAAAUGUAUUAUACAGAGAGAAAGUAUUUCAUAUAUAUUAGUAUAUCUACAGCUCUUGCUAACCUCAUGUUAACAAUUUAUCGUAUAUGAAAGAAGUCUUUAAACAUAGGAAUCUAUUGAAAAUUGGAAAACCGUGCUCAAAAUUCUAACCUAUCAAUAUCAUUAGAAACAAUAUUAUAACAAAAUGUAUACCACCUCACCUACUGCUUUUCUCUGCACUCAUUCACGUUUAGUCUUCCAUUAUGUCUAAAUCUAAGAGCUUCAACAGAAAUAUAUCUUAAUUUAUAAUGCAACAAAACCAUAUAUUAAAAUAGUUAAAUUUUGUAAAUACAUAAUAAUCCUAAUACCUUCAUACAAUGCAUAUGGCAACUAAUUUCCUUUUGAUCCAAUGGUGUCUUUUUCAGCUUCUUGGAGAAUGAAGUAAUCCAGUUAGGAAAUGGUGUAGUAACAUAUACAAUUACCCUCAAAUGUAAAAUUGAAUAUUAUCACAUUUUGUUCUAACUGAAAUCUGAAGCAUGGUGUCUGCACAUCAGCAUAGUGUUAAAUCUUAUAGGGCAUGCUGGAAUUAGCUCAGAUCAUAAAAAUAUUUAACAUUUUACAUUGUUAAUAAUUUUUUUUUUUUUUAGUUACGCUAAGCUUGUCUAAUUUUAGAUGACUAUGCAGAUAUGACUUUUCUAAUGUGUACUUGGUGUCUUGUCCUAUGCUUAGAAUCUUGAAAGCAGGACACAUUAAGCAAUACUGUAUUUUAGAAACAAGGAAGAGCCACACACUUUGUUUUUCUGCGAUCUUCCUCCACUAGUAACAUGGUACAAAUUUUGUGGUAUUUUCCCCUUUUCUUUCUUUGGCCCAUUUCCCAGACAGAAUUUCCCAUGGGUUGAGAGAUCAGGUCUUUGUACUUCUUUUCUUGUUUCCCAUGGUCUGGAAAAUCUUAAAGUCAGACAGGAGGCAUGAAUGUGUAGUAUAAUAAAAGGAUGAGCUAGAUGCUUACAAGUAGUUUAUCCAAGAUGCAGCUUAAAUCCCAACCCUGUACUUUCUCAAUUCUUACGUGCACAGAGCAUUUAUAUACCUACCAAUAUUUUGACCUAAAACCUAAAUAUUUUAAUGCUUUUAGCUUUAGUGAAGAUGAAGAGAAGAAGAGAUGAACUACUGGAAUAAUUAUUGUAUUAGGUUGAAUCAUAUAAAAUUGCUAAUAUUUGACUGUUUUUGACCUACAAAAAUGGCAAUUUCAUAUGGUUUGACCUAAUAUCUGAUAUUGUGGAAACUACCUUUGGAAUUGCCUUCUAGCUGUUUUGAUUGAAAGGGAAAGAAUUAAAGAGUUGGAAAAGAUCUCAAAAGCUAUGCACAUCUCUAUUUAGAUCAUACCAGCUGGUUGUUGGCCUUAUUUUUAGAACCCAGAGUUCUGUUCCAGUGAACCUGUCAUUAAUGCCUGGUUAUAAGUAUGUUCAACUUUACAUAAAAAGGUACCCUUGAAAAGUCAUAU